AUGGCCUCCCCCCCACCCCUCUUCUCCAUCCCCAUCCCCCCCCUCGCCGACUCCUCCGCCCACCCCGGCGGCUCCAUCGUCUGCACCGCGCCCCAGCCCGGCGUCUUCCUGCUGACCUGGUCCUCGCCCCCGGACAACCGCCUGACGACGCCCUUUUGCCGCGCCCUGCUCGCCGCCCUCGACGCUCUCGAGUUUGGGCCCGCCGCUGCCGCCGGAGGGAGCGUCCUCAUCACCACCAGCGCCAUUACAAAGUUCUACUCCAACGGCCUCGAUCUCGCACAUGCCGUGGGCACGGAUGGCUUCUGGCCCUUGCUGUACCAGGUCUGGCGGAGGUUCCUGACCUACCCCAUGCCCACCAUCGCCCUGCUCAACGGCCACACCUACGCCGGCGGCCUCAUGCUCGCCAUGGCCCACGACUACCGCAUCGCCCCCUCGGCCCGCGGCCACCUCUGCCUCAACGAGCUCCUCUUCGGCGCGCCCCUCAAGCCCGCCAUGGCCGCCCUCUUCCGCCACAAGCUGCCCCCCGCCACCUGCCGCGCCCUCGCCCUCGAGGCCCGUCGCUUCGCCGGCCCCGAUGCCCUCGCCGCCGGCAUCGUCGAUGUCGUCGCCACCUCCUCCCCCGGCCUCGACGACGCCCUCGCCUUGGUCCGCGACCGCGCCCUGCUCGAAAAGUCCAAGUCCGGUGUCUACGGCGUCAUCAAGACCGAGAUGCACAGCCCCCUUCUUGCGUACCUCUCCCCCCCCGGCCUCGAGGCUGAGGAUGCGCGCUUUGACCGUGAUCAGCGCGCAGAGGCCGAAAGGAAGGAGUUUGGCAAGGUCUGGUACGACCAGUGGCUCAACGAGUCCAAGGCCAAGCUGUAG